AUGACAUCGCCGAUCAACCCCCCGCCGCUCUGGACCACGCUAUCCGCCUACUUCGCCUCAGCCCUGGACAGCCUGGCGCAGUUUUUCGCGUACAUUUUCGCCUCGCCGCCUCGCUACCGCGCACCGCUGCGCUUCGGCUUCCUGCAGGGCACCUUUGGGCUGCCGUACGGCGGCCAUCUGGUGCAGCCGGAGGCCCUGCCCGACACGAUAACGCUGACGCCGUCGAUGCCCAUGUUUGCGUGUCUGGGCAGCGCCAGGCAGAUCCACGGGUUCCUUGUGCAGCAGACACGCACCAGCCUGUGCACGGUGAACGUGCCGUGCGGGAACGGCGGGCUGGUGGUGGAGAUGUACAGGGACCGCAGCUACGACCGGCUGGCGGGCUGGUGGGACAUGGGGCAGAGGCAGGUUGUGGUGCGGGCGCAGCGGGCAUUUAGCGCCAGCGAGUUCCGCCCGCUGCUCAGGGUCACGGUGCCGCAGGGCGUGCUGCUGAGCGACGUCGCAGAGGUCCUGGAGAGGUGUAGAUGCGGCGACCAUGACCUUACUAGGGACAAGAGGCUUAAUCUGGGCAUUGUUGCCAGGGCGAGGGCGGUGCCUGUGCCUGAUCUGGAUGACGCGCAGCUGCCGCCGUACGAGAGACGCAAUCUGCCGCCGCCGUACGAGCACUGA